AUGGAAUCGGAUAAUAAAACUUGUAGUUUAAUAGACAGUAAAGUACCUGUUAAUGAUGAUGAUGAUUUUUAUUUUGAAACUGAAAAUUUGGCAUUAAAAGGAAAUAAAGACUACCUAAAAUUACUAAGAACCUUAUGUGUUCUCGAAAGCCAAAGGUUUCAAGCUCUGAAGGACAUUGAUAAAUUAUUAGAAAUUCAAGACGAAGCUUUAGCAAAUCCUAUUCAAUUUGUAAACAAACUUCAAAAUGGUGAUGAUUUGAGUAUUCCUGGUCCACAAGUAAUACCUGAAAUCCCAGAAAUUGAUUGGAGUAAAUACAAAGUAUCACUUCCACCGGAAGCGUUUAGACCUCAAACUAGACAAAAAGAAAGGCCUGUGUCAGAAGUGAAAGAAAAACCAGAUGUAAUUAAGGUUAGAGGAAGAGUUUAUGAUGAAUCAAAACCGAUAACGUUUAAUCAAUUAUGGACUUUAGAAGAACAAUUAAGGUUGGAAGAAUUAUUGGUAAAAUUUCCUCCUGAAAAAAAUGAAACUAGAAGAUAUAUGAAAAUAGCUGAAGCAUUAGGUAAUAGGACUGUUACUCAAGUAACCAGUAGGUGUCAAAAGUAUUUUCUUAAAUUACAAAAAGCUGGUUUGCCUGUACCUGGUAGAAUACCAAAAUUAAAAUAUGAUUACCUAAAGAGUCCCAAGGUAUGGCAUCAACAUUCUAGAAACAAUUCUUUUCUUUAUCCUAGAUCGACUUUUUUCCCUCAAUUAAACCCUCCUGUGUCCAUGCCUGAUGGUGACGAUUUACCAGGAACUUCCGUAACAAGUGUGAACAAAAUAAAAAAGGAAAAGGAAGAAGAUUUGGAAUGUAUUGCCUCAUAUCCUGAAAACAUUAGAAACUCUGAUGAAUUUAAAAAAUUAACUUUACUUAAAAGAAUAAAAAGAGAUAAAGAAAAAAACACAAACCCAAAACAGUUUAAGCAUGUAGGAUAUAAGUGUAACGGUUGCGAAGAAGAACCUUUAAUUGGAACAAGAUGGCACUGUUCCGAUUGUGAUUCAGAAGAAUCCAUAGAUUUUUGUUCAGAAUGUUUAAUAUCACAAUUAGAAAGUGACAAACCACAUUCCCUUAAUCAUUAUUUCACUGCCAUUCAUAACGUUCAUCAAAAUAGUGGAGUCUGGGAUAAAGAUUACUCUUAUCAAAAUUAUUUUAACGGUAAUUAUAAUUAUUUAGAUCCAAAUUUUAUGCCACAGUAA